GUGGCACGCACCAGCUGCUUGCUGACAAAUGCUGCCAUGCGCAAAGGCUGUCCCGCCCCUCGGGGACCAGCAUAAAAGCCGGCCCAGCGCCUCUGUCCCUCACUCGCCUCUGCUGACGCCUUCUCCUGCGCGCUCAACAAGGGCCCCUCCACACCACACACAUGGCCUGCUACGACCUCUGCCGCCCCUGCGGACCCACCCCGCUGGCCAACAGCUGCAACGAGCCCUGUGUCAGGCAGUGUGAGGACUCCCGCGUCGUCAUCCAGCCUCCCACCGUGCUGGUCACCCUGCCAGGACCCAUCCUCAGCUCCUUCCCCCAGAGCACCGCCGUCGGAUCCUCCUCAUCCGCUGCCGUGGGCAACGUCCUGGGUGCCCAGGGAGUGCCCGUCUCCUCUGGGGGCUUCGGCUACGGCUUCGGAGGCCUGGGCUGCUACGGCCGUGGAAGGGGCUGCAACAUCUGCUAAGGGCCCCAGACAGCACCCUGACAACAGGAACAACACCCUGGAAGCAGCACAAAGGACAGAGGAUGCACAUCCACACUGUUCCUGACACAUAUAUCUGCUGUCCACAAGUUCUGCUCUCACAGUACCAAAAAAGGAAGCAGAGCAUGGACCCAACCUGUGCUGCCUGAUACUCAUGCCUGAUGGAUGUCCUUCCCUUCUCCCACUACCUUCUCUGCAUCAGUCAUCUGCUAUUUCCAGUGCUGUCUCUCCCAGCCAG